UCUAGCUGUGGCCUAAGUAGUUCUCUUUCACUUAUUCUUUCUUGAGAAUUUGCAGCUAGCUCAAUUGUGUUCCAUAUUCUAACAUCCAUUUUCUUUAGCUCCCUCUUGAAUCUUAUCCAUUACGUCAACCCUUCUUCAACGAGCAAAGGCCCCCAACGUAAUCUUGGUUUAGUUAUCCAGCAAAAAGAUUUUGAUCCCAAUCUGAUGCAUUCAUCAACUUAUUUCUACAUAAUUAUCUGUUUUCUAGUUCCAUUUCUAGUUGGAUCUGAAUCAACUAGUUCAGAUUCAUCCGCGAAAAGUUCACUUGAUUCCUUACUUCAGCAAUAUGCUUUCAGGGAAUUGACCAGGCAAAGAACCAGAACUGGUGUUCCUUACGAUGCAUAUGUUCCUUCUAGCUUGACGGGGAUUAAAAUUUCAGCCGUGAUUCUUAAAACACACAGCUUAAAACGUAAAGUCUACGGCUCCUACAAAAAUGUCUUUAUCCCAUCCGGGAUCUUAGAGGAGCCUUAUGUAAAGAAACUUGUUCUGGUUUACCAAAACUUGGCUAAUUGGUCAUCCUUUUAUUACCCUUUGCCUGGUUACACUUAUUUGGCACCAGUUUUCGGAAUCUUGGCUUAUGAUGCUCAUAAUUUGUAUGCCAAAUAUCUACCAGACUUGGAUAUACAAGCAUUGGAAGAUCCUAUUUCCAUCAAGUUUCCUUAUGUGAAGCCAGUACCAGAGGGAUCUUUCCCCAAAUGUAUUUAUUUCUACUCAAAUAAUUUGGUCGAAUUUGGUCAUGUUAAGGAUGGAAAUAUUUGUGAAACCAGAAUACAAGGCCAUUUUUCCAUAGUUGCUGAGGUGAAAGUUGCUCCAAGUCCUUCUCCUAUUGCCAAUGAAACUGCUCCAAGUCCUUCUCCUAGUGCCAAUGAAACUGCCCCAAGUCCUUCUCCUAUACCUGGUGAAAAUAAUCAUAAAAAGAUCAACUCUAAAACGUGGACGAUUUCAUCAGUAUUUCUAUUUUUUGCUCUCACAGGAAUAUUGUUUGUUGUUGUAAAAAAGGUUGGAUUAUUGGAAAUAAAACAGAGGUUGUAUGAUUCAGCAGCAGUUGUUCAGCCCUUGUUAGAGAAAACAGAGGUGCCAUUGUCAUUAGAAGCUCCAACUAGACCAUUGCCGGAGAACGACUAUGUUCUUUAAGUGGCAACACCAAAUUUUUUGUGGCUCGCAUACUUCGGAGCUGCGUAGCAAUACUUUUGAGCAUUCAAGUUUGUUCAAAAUGUCUUUAUCGACACAAUUUACUCCCAGCAACCAUAUAUAUAGGCUUCCAAAUAUAAAAAUAUCGUAUAUCUACAUAU